AUGUACGAUGAGGAUGUGACCAGUUCGUUUACAGAAGUUGAUAUAGACUCUGUCAGUGAUGCAGAUGAACGUUCCAAAGAGGAGUAUUACGCAGAUAUUGAUAAAGGCCUUUGGAAAGAAACUUUUAAUGGUAAAGAGGAUCCGAAACCAAAUGGAGGUGACGGCGCCUACACAGAACCUUAUCGUUUGUAUAAUUUGGAUGUGUUUGAAUAUGGGAUGGAUAGUCCGAUGGCUAUUUACGGUUCAAUUCCGUUUAUGAUGGCGCAUCGAAAGGAUUCAUCGGCUGUUAUUUUUUGGAUUAAUGCUGCCGAAACAUGGAUUGAUAUAACUAAGAAUAAAGAGGACAAGGUAUUGAAUAUCAUUUUACAAAACUAUAAAUUGACCCCUACUUCAACCAGUACUCAUUGGAUCUCGUUUGUUUUUCUUGGUCCAACCACUACCGAUAUCUUUUAUCAUCAAUAUGGAUUACUUACUGGAUUCACCGCACUACCUCAACAUUUUGCGAUUGCUUAUCAUCAGUGUUGUUGGAAUUACCUCAAUCAAGAAGAUGUUACUGAAGUUGAUGAUGGGUUUGACAAACAUGAGAUUCCAUAUGAUGUUAUAUGGUUAGACAUUGAGCAUACCGAUGGGAAAUAA